CCGUGCCAGUGGGGAAGAUUGAAUCUGGUGUCCUCAAGGCCGGGAUGACCCUGAUGUUCUCCCCGGCCAAGGUCACCGCCGAGGUGAAGUCCAUUGAGAUGCACCACCAGGGGCUGCAGACGGCUCUGCCGGGCCACAACGUCGGCUUCAACAUCAAGAACGUGGCUGUGAGGAACCUGCGGCGCGGCGACGUGGCUGGAAACGCCCAGCACGACCCUCCAGCAGAUGUCAGCAGCUUUGAAGCUCAGGUGAUUAUCCUGAACCACCCGGGGACAGUUAAAGCCGGCUACUCUCCGGUCCUGGACUGCCACACCGCCCACGUCACCUGUCGCUUCGCUGAGCUGAAGGAGAAGCUCGACAGGCACAGGGGCAAACAGCUGGAGGACCACCCGCAGACCGUGAUGUCCGGAGACGAUGAUACGGUCCGGAUUGUUCCCAUCAAGCCCAUGUGUGUGGAGAGAUUCAUCACAUACCCUUCCUUAGGUACCGCUACCAUCACGUCGCUUUAA